AGAUAUUACCAUUUGUUACGGAUGUCGCGGUAACAGAAACCACAAAAAAAAAAUAUAAUAAAUGAAGCAAAAAUGGCUCUCACUAAAGUUUAUGAUGCUGCCACAGUCUUUAAGCACAUGAAUGGCAUUCUAAAUGUGUACAAGCCAGCCGGUAUGAAGGUCAAGCACGUGCGCAAUGCUAUUCUGAACAACAUUUGCAAAGGACUCAACGAAAUGGAGCAAAGGAAUCCACGCAAGUUCCGAGAGAACAGAAUCCUCCUGGGCACAGGCACCGCAGCCGAUCACGUACUACAUAGCAUAGGAGAGCAGACGGAUCUAUCGGACCACCUUCUGUCUACCGGCCCGCGUUACCUACCGCGCGACUUGAGCUGCGCCACAGUGUCCAGCCUGGGCGAUCACACCAGCGGAGUGCUGCUCUUUGGGAUCAACAGGGGAACAGUCCAGUCUAGUUCUAUUCGGAAAAAUCGACCAGUGCGGGUCUACCACCUAAUCGGGCACUUAGGCAGCGCAACCGAAAAUCAUUUACCAGACUCACGGGUCACAAUGCGCUCCAACCACCGACACGUGUCCGCAGACAGGAUCAGCAGUCUGGCUGCCUCCAUGCAAGCAUCCCAUCAGCGUAAGAUGUUUGAGCUCUGCGGUGUCGAUUUGCAGACCCAGGAGGCCUACGAACUGGCCUGUAGAGGUCUUCUACGUCCAGCGGACGACAGUCAGCUCGUUGUCUACGGCAUAAAGCUGAUUCACUUUGAACGUCCGUACUUCACGCUGGAACUUUAUACCAUCAACGAGACGCAGGAGUGCUUAGCUACGCUAGUGCACGAUAUGGCUUUGGACCUCCGAACAGUGGCGCACUGCUCCCAACUACGCUGCGUGCGCCAUGCCCACUUUGAUGUGACAGAUAGUCUGCUCAGACACGCCUGGCACUUGCCAGGAAUUAUCAAAAACCUCCGCCAGCAACGUAACAUCCUGAGGGAGCACCCACAGCUUCUGCGACAGCAUCGAGUGGAACUGCAAAUUUCAGAAUAAUUUAGGAUUUCAUUGUAGGUAACUGAAAAUAGGUAAAUAAAUGUAGGCAGAUAAUGGAAA